CUCCCCCGUCCCGGGCGCGGCGGCUCGGCGAUCGGAGAGCGCGUGUUUCCCUCCCGCACGCACGGCUUGCUCUCAGCCGGUGGGGUCAGACGCCGGGGAUUGAGGAUGGGGCAGUAGCUGCAGGAGGCGACCCCGCAACACCGAGAUUAACAUUUUGGGAGACAGUUUUCAUGAUGCUUGAGUCAUCCUUGGAAUAAUGUGGACAGAAGUUCUCAAACUUGCAUAUUACAUCAACGGAACCAACGGCGUAUCUUAAUGUUCCCUUAAAUCAGAACUUGUAUAAAAAAAAGAAUGGGAAUCUGGUUAAAUAAAGAUGACGGUGACAGAGACAUGAAGGGGGUCAUUGUCUGUUUUCUACUAGUGUAUGUGGCUGUUUUGGUGGCCACAGAUCAGGAUUUUUACAGUUUACUUGGAGUAUCCAAAACUUCAAGCAGUAGAGAAAUAAGACAAGCUUUCAAGAAAUUGGCAUUGAAGCUGCAUCCUGAUAAAAACCCGAAUAACGCAAAUGCACAUAGUGAUUUUUUAAAAAUAAAUAGAGCAUAUGAAGUACUCAAAGAUGAAGAUCUGCGGAAAAAGUAUGACAAAUAUGGAGAAAAGGGACUUGCAGACAAUCAAGAAGGAGGCCAGUAUGAAAGCUGGAAUUAUUAUCGCUACGAUUUUGGUAUUUAUGAUGAUGAUCCUGAAAUCAUAACAUUGGAUAGAAGAGAAUUUGAUGCUGCUGUUAAUUCUGGAGAACUGUGGUUUGUGAACUUUUACUCCCCAGGAUGUUCACACUGCCAUGAUUUAGCUCCCACGUGGAGAGACUUUGCUAAAGAAGUAGAUGGAUUACUUCGAAUUGGAGCUGUUAACUGUGGUGAUGAUAGAAUGCUUUGCCGAAUGAAAGGAGUCAGCAGUUAUCCCAGCCUCUUCAUUUUUAGAUCUGGAAUGGCUGCGGUGAAAUACCAUGGUGACAGAUCAAAGGAAAGUUUAGUGAGCUUCGCCAUGCAACAUGUUAGAAGCACAGUGACAGAACUGUGGACAGGAAAUUUUGUUAACUCCAUACAAACUGCUUUUGCUGCUGGUAUUGGUUGGCUGAUCACUUUUUGUUCCAAAGGAGGAGAUUGUUUGACUUCACAGACACGUCUCAGGCUUAGUGGCAUGUUGGAUGGUCUUGUUAAUGUAGGAUGGAUGGACUGCGCCAUACAGGAAAACCUUUGUAAAAGUUUGGAUAUCACAACAAGUACCACUGCCUAUUUUCCUCCUGGAGCCACUUUGAGUAACAAAGAGAAAAGCAAUAUUUUAUUUCUUAAUUCAUUGGAUGCUAAAGAAAUAUAUUUGGAAAUAAUGCAUAAUCUUCCAGAUUUUGAACUACUUUCAGCAAACACACUAGAGGAUCGCUUGGCUCAUCAUCGGUGGCUCAUAUUUUUUCAUUUUGGAAAAAAUGAAAAUUCAAAUGAUCCUGAGUUGAAGAAACUAAAAACUCUACUUAAAAAUGAACAUAUUCAAAUCGGCAGGUUUGACUGUUCCUCUGCACCAGACAUCUGUAGUAAUCUCUAUGUUUUUCAGCCAUGUCUAGCAGUAUUUAAAGGACAAGGAACCAAAGAAUAUGAAAUUCAUCAUGGAAAGAAGAUUCUAUAUGAUAUACUUGCCUUUGCCAAAGAAAGUGUUAAUUCACAUGUUACCACACUUGGACCUCAAAAUUUUCCUGCCAAUGACAAAGAACCAUGGCUUGUUGAUUUUUUUGCCCCUUGGUGUCCGCCAUGUCAAGCGUUAUUACCGGAGUUACGGAAAGCAUCAAAGCAUCUUUAUGGUCAGCUUAAGUUUGGUACUCUAGAUUGUACAGUUCAUGAGGGACUCUGUAACAUGCAUAACAUUCAGGCUUAUCCAACAACAGUGGUAUUCAACCAGUCCAACGUUCAUGAAUAUGAAGGACAUCACUCUGCAGAACAGAUCUUGGAGUUCAUAGAGGAUCUUAUGAAUCCUUCAGUGAUCUCCCUAACACCCACCACUUUCAAUGAACUAGUUACACAGAGAAAACAUGAUGAAGUAUGGAUGGUUGAUUUCUAUUCUCCAUGGUGUCAUCCAUGUCAAGUGUUAAUGCCAGAAUGGAAGAGAAUGGCUCGGACAUUAACUGGACUGAUCAACGUGGGCAGUAUAGACUGCCAACAGUAUCAUUCUUUUUGUGCCCAAGAAAAUGUUCGGAGAUACCCCGAGAUAAGACUUUUUCCCCAAAAAUCAAAUAAAGCUUAUCAAUAUCAUAGUUACAAUGGUUGGAAUAGGGAUGCUUAUUCCCUAAGAAUCUGGGGUCUAGGAUUUUUACCUCAAGCAUCCAUAGAUCUAACACCUCAGACUUUCAAUGAAAAAGUUUUACAAGGGAAGAAUCACUGGGUGGUUGAUUUCUACGCUCCUUGGUGUGGACCUUGCCAAAAUUUUGCUCCGGAAUUUGAGCUCUUGGCUAGGAUGAUUAAAGGAAAAGUGAAAGCUGGGAAAGUAGACUGUCAGGCUCAUGCUCAAACCUGCCAGAAAGCCGGGAUCAGAGCCUAUCCGACUGUUAAAUUUUAUCCCUACGAAAGAGCAAAGAGAAAUACCUGGGGAGAGCAAAUAGAUGCCAGAGAUGCAAAAGAGAUUGCUACCUUAAUAUAUGAAAAAUUGGAAAAUCUCCAAAACCAUGGAAAGAGGAAUAAGGAUGAACUUUAAUGAUGUCAAGGAUGAAGAAACAAUUGAAAAGAAAUUCUAACAAAUGACCUCAGAAGACAUCUUUUUAGAGUGUUACAUUCUUGAUGGGAAUAAAUCAGCAUUAUCUUGGACUUGUAAUUGCACUGUCUGAAUUCUGUACAACAUUGCUAUAAAGGAAAGGUCU